CUUCAUUUAUUAGCAUCUUUGGCACUGUGGCUCUUUCUCUCCUCCAUCAUUCGCUUUACUCGCUCACUCACUCUACCUCCUGGUAAGAAGAAAGCAAAUUAAGAACACCAAGACAAACAUAAAACAAAAACAAGAAGGACCACAUCAAGAAAUGUCACCAACUCUGCAGCUGCUGCUGCCGCCCCUCCUCCUCCUCCUCCUCCUCACAUUUCUAGCCUCCACAGCCCUCUCCCACUUGCCUUCAUCCUCCGUCACUACCACCACCUCACUCUCCAUCUACGACUGGCAGUCCGCACGCGCCACCUACUACGCCGCUUCGGACCCCCGCGACGCAGUCGGCGGCGCCUGCGGCUACGGAGAUUUGGUGAAGGCCGGCUACGGCAUGGCAACGGUGGGGCUGAGCGAGCCUCUGUUCGAGCGCGGCCAGAUCUGCGGCGCGUGCUUCGUGCUCCGCUGUGUCGACGACAUGCGCUGGUGCAUUCCGGGCACCUCCAUCAUCGUCACCGCCACCAACUUCUGCGCCCCUAACUACGGCUUCACCGCCGACGGUGGGGGCCACUGCAACCCUCCCAACAAGCACCUGGUGCUCCCCAUCGAGGCCUUCGAGAAGAUCGCCAUUUGGAAAGCUGGCAAUAUGCCCGUCCAGUAUCGCAGGAUCAAGUGUAGAAAGGAAGGAGGAAUUCGUUUCACCAUAGAUGGUUCUAAUAUCUUUAUCUCAGUGCUGAUCACCAAUGUCGCUGGUGUUGGAGACAUAGUUUCUGUGAAGAUCAAAGGUUCAAGAACCGGUUGGCUUCCAAUGGGACGAAAUUGGGGCCAAAACUGGCAUGUCAGUGCUGAUCUAAAAAACCAACCUCUUUCUUUCGAGGUCACUAGCAGCGAUGGGCUCACAGUUACAUCUUACAACGUAGCUCCCAAGGCUUGGAACUUUGGGCAGACAUUUGAAGGGAAGCAGUUUCCGUGAGCACCAUUUUGACUAAAUAGCGUUAAGGGAACCAUUUUCCUAAUCUUCCUUUGUCAUAUUUAUUCUAGUUUUCUCUCAGUGGAGAAUUAGUUAGAUUGCGGAUGAUAUUGUUGUACAAAGAUAUAUAUCAAAGCUUAGUUAUUAAAAGGCACCAGAAAGUGAACUUGGAUGCUUGAGGUGUAAGGUUGAGGAGUAUGCUGAUGCUCAGCACAUGCUGCAGAAUAAUCUUAGUUGUGUGCAGUGCGGUGUAAGUAAUUCCUUAGGUGAGACCAGGUAGGGGCUUGGCGAAAGUGAACUGUUAUAAGGGCUUGGAUAUCCAUUGAUGAACAUUGGUGCUCUGAUUAUGGCAGUGUGCUGGCGGGGCUUUUAAGUCUGAUUCGUAAGUGUUGAUAAACUGCUUGGUUUUGGUUCUGAAGAUGGUGGUUUCCUCGAUUGAAUUCGUAGGUCAUGAUAUCAAACUUCUUGUAGAACUUUCUUUGAGCUUCAUGUAGUUUUGUUAGGCAUGUUUGGGAAA